GUUCUCCGUAGUCAGCUGUUGUCGAGCUUCACAAUGAAAAUACAAUUGUGUGCUGUGAUCGUCUGCCUGACACUCGGUCACGUCUCGUCAUUCCCGCACGGAGCACCGGGGACUUCAUGUAUUCGUGAACCUACGGGGCAUGGUGCACCUAAAAAAGCUGGUGAUAACGGUUUUCGUGUUAGGGUGGAGAGUGACCCUGACACCUAUAUACCAAAUGAAGUUUACACAGUAUCGUUGACCAGCACCAAUCCUACUGCCUAUCUGGGAUUCAUGUUGGUGGCAUUACAAGCAUCAAACGAAUAUGAAGCGGCCGGCAACUUUGAGUUGAUUGAUUAUAAUAUAUCUCGUUUUACUGAAAACUGUCCAUUCGCAUUGACGCAUACUUCGAGUCUUCCAAAAAUGUCAGUGUCAUUCACCUGGACAGCGCCGCCAAGAAACACUGGAUGUGUGAAUUUUAGGGCAACCGUUGUACAACAUAAACAGGUAUGGUUCAAAGAUGAUGGGGCACUGACUUUGACCCUCUGUGAAGCAGCUGAAGACUAUAUUCCAGAGAGUUUUCAGCGAGAAAUUACGGAUUGUUGUGCAUGUGGAUCUGCUAAAUAUAGAGUUACAUUUAUAGGACAGUGGACACGUUCUACACACACUAAAGACUAUCCUGCUGGUCAUGGUAAUCACUGGUCAUCUCUGACUGGCUGCUCUCAUAGCAAGGACUAUAUAGUCUUUGAGUAUGGAGGUUAUGCUUCUGAAGGCAUUCGCAGAGUAGCAGAGUGGGGAUCAAGCAGCGUAUUAGAACAGGAAAUGAAGUCACAGGGUCAAAAUAUUCGAACUGUUAUCAGACGUCCGGGAUUAUGGCCAGCUAUUGGUAAUAUGUCUAGCCUAUUUAGUGCAGACCAGGAACGACAUCUGUUAACUGUGUUGACCAUGUUAGGUCCUAGUCCAGAUUGGUGUGCUGGUGUUAGUGCUGUUGACCUUUGCACUCAAGACUGUGGUUGGGUUAAUAGACUAGAAUUGGCACUCUAUCCAUGGGAUGCAGGAACAGACAGUGGAAUCACAUAUAUGUCAGCAAAUUCACAAACAGUUCCACAAGAGAAGAUUCGACCAUUGUCAAGUUCAUAUCCUAACAACCCAGCCUCACCAUUCUAUGACAUUACUGGUAGACCUAUAAAAAGAGUUGCCACUCUCAUUAUAGAGUUGAUGGACACCAAAGGAGAUCAGUGUCUGAAAGAUGGUGUGGAGGAAGAGGUCAAUAUUGUGUAUGAAAAUGAUUAUAAUUUGCAGUUUAGUGUGGAUGACAACAGUACACCGCCCCCUAGAGUUGAACAACACAUGGGUGCAAAGAAAAGACCCAAAGGUAAAAAACCUAUGCCUCCAUUUAUAGAGCAGCCAAAGAAAGACAUGGAAUCAUUACCAACUAUGAUGCCAAAGAAAGACAUGCCAUUACCUACCAUGAUGCCAAAGAAAGAAAUGCCACAGCCACCAAUCGAAGAUGAGGUUAUGGAAGUCACGCCCAUGAUGAAGAAAUUCCCUCCAGAAAUGCCUGAUAAAGAUAUGCCUAUAGACUGCAUGAUGAGUGAAUGGCAGGAGUGGUCUGAAUGUACAAAGACAUGUGGUAAACAUGGUAAAACUAUAAGAACCAGAAUGAUUAAAGUAAGACCUGCCAAUGGUGGCAGAAAAUGUGGAAGGAAGAAGCAGAAACAGAAAUGUAAUACAGAUAUUCGUUGUCCUGUUGACUGUACACUGGGAGAGUGGGGAUCUUGGUCUGCAUGUGUGAAUUCUUGUCAACAAGAUGGAUUACAAGUAAGGAUGAGACCUGUAGUGAAACGAGCAAAGCAUGGUGGGAAGGAAUGCGAUGAAACUGAGCAACAAAGGGUACUACAGUAAUUGUGUAUUCACUGGAAGCUUAUUAUUCAUUUGCUAAGUUUUCUCAGAUAAUUUUUUUUUCUUGCCUCAUCACAUGAUUUUAUUAAAUGAAGGGGAAACAGUUUUUUUUUCUUCCAAUUUUUUCCACACUUGGAUAUUUUGUUAAUUUGUUUGGGCUUUUGGCCAUUUUUAAUUUGGGGCAUUUGUUGUUUGUAUAUUUUUCAAGAUAUGAAUGAAAUUUCAUCCUUUUUAUUAUGGUUACAUUAACUCAAACAAAUUUUUAUCUGAUCAUCUUCAAACUAUGAAAUAAUGAAAUGUCCUCCAAGUUCAAUCUUAGUUUGACUAGUAUGUAUAAUUAUUGUACAUCUGUCACCAUAAUGCCAUAAGUUACAGCGUGCCGCAAUUUCACGGGGUAUUUUCCUCCUAUUAUAUAAGGAAAAGCGAAUUCCAAAUAUGGAAUGAUUACGCACAUAAGCGUCCUCAGAUAAUAAAAACAAACAUGGCUGCCAUUGGGGUUUGACCGGACUCCACAUAAAGAGUAUAGUACUACGCUGAUUCUGUUCUAAACUUUUUGGAUUUCGGCAUUCCCAUGAUGUAUCCUUGGAAGGAAAAGAUGUAUAAUAAUAAGGUUAUUACGAGAUUACCUCAAAGUAUGCACUCAGACAGUACGCUGCGCAUCGACCUCCACUGCCCGUUGGUUGAUACUCCAGCUGUACUGUCUUCGUGCAUACUUUGAGGUAUCUUCGUAAUAACCUCAUAUUAAUAUACAUCUGUCACUGUAACACCAUAAGUUACAGCGUGUCAUAAUUUUGCGGUAUUUCAUUCUACAGUAUUAGGAAAUGCGAAUUCCAAAUAAGGAAUGAAUAUGUGCGUAAGCGUCCUCUAAUAAUAAAAACAAACAUGGCACUUUGAUCAGAAGGAAAAGAUGUAUAAUAAUAAAGUUAUUAUGAAGAUAUUGAAAAGCAUGAACUCAGACAGUACACAGUCGCAUCCACCUCCGCUGUGCAUCGGCCGAUACUCCUGCUGUACUGUCUUCAUGCAUACUUUUCGGUAUCCUCGUAAUAACCUCAAAAUAUCAACUCAACGUUAACACCAGACUAUAUGAGAAUCGUGGAGACUGAUGUACAAUCUGUGAACAGUUGGAUCAUGUAAUUGUACAUGCAACCUGCUACAUUCACAGAAUAACCAACAUAUUAAUUGCCUAAUUUGCAUAGUUAUUGAUUUUUAAUUGACAUAACAAGCGUUGGUAGGAUUGUACAGGGUUACAAGUGAAUGAAUUACCUGCAACAAUCAGAAGCUAUGUCAUCAAAAUCAAUACAAUUAACAACAACAGCAAAACACAUUUUCAAUGAAAUAAAAAUAUUGAAAGAGUAAUAAGUUAAUUUUGUAUUGCAUGUGUCGAAACUGCAAAACAAAGAAACAGAAAUGAGGUGAACAUAAACCAUUGUACACACAAUUCAACAGACAGCAAACAACAAACAAAGUGGAAAUGUACACAAAAGUACUAUAUGUGAAAUUGUGAACUAAACUAUCGGCCAUUAAGUGUUUAAGUACUUUCAAAAUGUUACUUUUAGUGAGAGGAGGGAGUCAGCACUAUUACGAUUGACUUACAUUUUCAAUGCAGCUGUUGUAAUGAUUGUCCACUCUAUGUUAGUCAGUGAAUUGUUAAUUUUUUUUAUAAAAAUUAUUAUACACACAUUUAACAAAAUAUUUUACACAUAUUUAAUUUUAGGAACUAUUAUUAAAUAUGUUCUAAUGUGUUUAAUAUGCUGCAUGGCAUUGGUGCUUUAGUGUUAAUGACUUUAUUAAUGAGUGUAUUAACAUAUUUUAUUGAUCGUAAGUUUUUUCAAUAUAUUUCUGUCCAAAUGAUUCAAUUUACCUGAGUUCUACAGUAUUUUUAGCACUAAUAUUGAACUAUGCAAUUUAUUAAAUUAAGUUUAAGUUUCAAAAUUUUCAAUUGUUAGGCUGUUCCAUUGUUGCCUAAAGUAAUUUUAGCAAACAUACAGGACACCUUUCUUAAGAUUGUAUGUUUCUGACUAUAUUUACAAAUGCCUCUGUGAAUGUAAUUUACAAAAUCAUGUGAUUUUAGCUAACCAAUCAAAUGUCACCUAUCACCAUGAUUUGCAUACUUUUUAAUUGAUUGAUUUCAUAUCUAUAUAUAUAUAUACAGUAUAUACAGCACAUUUUAUGUAUCUUUAUAACCAAUAAAUGAAUAAUUAUCAGUAUAUUUAAA